CUGCAGAGCCAUGAAGAAGCGGUAUGUGGGGCUGAGCCUGGGGCUGGCCAUGGUCUUGGUAGUUCUCAUCACGUGCCUCUCUGUUUUCCUGCCUCGGUCCAAGGCGUCCUAUCAUGUGUACCCCAAGGGGGCCGUGGCUGCUGACGCCAAGCGCUGCUCAGAGAUUGGGAGGGACAUCUUGCAGGAAGGCGGCUCGGCAGUGGAUGCCGCCAUCGCGGCUCUGCUGUGCAUGGGGCUCAUGAACAUCCACAGCAUGGGCAUUGGGGGCGGCCUGUUUCUCACCAUCUACAACAGCACCACACGGCAAGUUGAAGUCAUCAAUGCCCGAGAGGUGGCCCCUGAACGAGCCUCUGAGAACAUGUUCACCAGCCCAGAAAUGGCCCAGGAAGGGGGGCUGUCGGUGGCAGUUCCUGGUGAGAUCAGGGGCUACGAGCUGGCACAUCAACGGCAUGGACGGUUGCCCUGGGAACGCCUCUUCCAGCCCAGCAUCAAGCUGGCCCGAGAGGGCUUCCCUGUGAGUAAAGCAUUGGCAUCUGCACUGAAGUCAAAGCAGGACUCCAUCCAGGGGCGGCCGGCAAUGUGUGAAGUCUUCUGCCGGAACGGAAAGGUGCUCCAGGAGGGGGACAGAGUGACCCUGCCAAAAUUAGCCAAUACGUACGAGACAGUGGCCAGGGAGGGCGCUCAGGCCUUCUACAAUGGGAACCUCACGGCCCAGAUUGUCAAAGAUGUCCAGGAGGCAGGGGGCAUUCUGACUCUCAAUGACAUGCACAAGUAUCGUGCCACGGUCCAGAGACCGGUGAACAUCAGCCUUGGGGACUACAAGCUCUACGCACCCAACGCCCCUCUCAGUGGCCCGGUGCUGGCCCUCAUCCUCAACAUCCUUAAAGGGUACAACUUUACUGAGGAGAGUGUCAAGACAGAGGAACAGAAAGGCCUGACAUACCACCGCAUUGUCGAGGCCUUCCGGUUUGCCUAUGCCAAGAGGACCCUGCUGGCGGAUCCCAAGUUUGUGGAUGUGACUAAGGUGGUCCAGAACAUGACCUCGGAGUCCUUCGCUGCCCAGCUGCGGGCCCACAUCUCCGACACCACCACGUACCCCAGUGACUACUACGAACCUGCCUUCUACUUGCCAGAUGACGGGGGCACCGCUCACCUGUCUGUGGUCUCCGAGGAUGGCAGCGCUGUGUCUGCUACUAGCACCAUCAACCUCUACUUUGGCUCCAAGGUGCGGUCCCCCGUCAGCGGGAUCGUGUUCAACGAUGAGAUGGACGACUUCAGCUCCCCUAACAUCACCAACAGCUUUGGGGUGCCCCCCUCAAAAAACAACUUCAUCCAGCCAGGGAAGCAGCCACUUUCGUCCAUGUGUCCAGCCAUCAUCGUGGGACCGGAAGGCCGCGUCCGCAUGGUAGUGGGCGCUUCUGGGGGCACACACAUCACCACAGCCACUGCACAGGCGAUCAUCAACAACCUGUGGUUCGGCUACGACGUAAAGCAGGCAGUGGAGGAGCACCGGGUACAUAACCAGCUCUACCCCAACACCACAUCGGUGGAGAAAGGCCUUGACCAGGCCGUGAUAUCAGGCCUGCAUUCUCGGAACCAUACAACAAAGGAAGCGUCCCCCUACAUUGGGGUGGUGCAGGCCAUUGUCCACACAGCCAAUGGCUGGGCAGCUGCCUCGGACUCCAGGAAAGGCGGGGAGCCUGCCGGCUACUGAGCACUCCAAUGGGGCCAGGCCUACCAGCAGCCCAUCGGGGCCAGCAGUGGGACUUUGGAGGAUGUGCUUCCCCUUUCAUGGCAGAGCAGUGCAAUAAAAGGGGGUGCACAGGACAGCCUUGCUGGC